AUGUCCCGGAACGACGGCACCGCGAACGACGGCGACGGCGAGCGGCCGCGGUACUUGUCGUUCAAGUUCACGAGCGGCGAGCGGUCGUCCGCACUACUCGAGAGGGCGGCGGCGUGGGCGUUCGGGUGCCGCGCGCCGCCGAUGAUCGCGCCGCGUCCGCGUCUACCGGGGGACGCGCCGAUCCCGCGCGGCGUCGAUCUCGGCGCGCUCGUCGCCGCUCGUUCGAACGCGCGCGUCGAGGCCUGCGGGGGACACACGGAAGGAGGAAGGGAUGGACGUGAAUAA